AAAGGCUGCGGCUGCUGAGACGAUGGCGGCGCUGCGGGGACCUGCCGGGCUCUUCCGGUGGCGCUUGCGGGUCGUGCCGGGAGGGGCGCGGGGCGCAGCAGGGCAGCAAUGCUACGACCUCCUGGUGAUUGGCGGAGGAUCCGGCGGCCUGGCCUGUGCCAAGGAAGCCGCCCAGCUGGGGAAGAAGGUGGCUGUGGUGGACUAUGUGAGCCCUUCGCCCCGAGGCACCAGGUGGGGCCUCGGUGGCACCUGCGUGAAUGUUGGCUGCAUCCCCAAGAAGCUGAUGCACCAGGCAGCCCUUCUGGGGGGCGUGAUCCGCGAUGCCCCCCACUACGGCUGGGAGGUGGCCCAGCCAGCCCUGCACAGCUGGAGGAAAAUGGCAGAAGCUGUUCAAAACCAUGUGAAGUCCCUGAACUGGGGGCACCGGGUCCAGCUACAGGACAGAAAGGUCAAGUACUUUAACUUCAAGGCCAGCUUUGUCAACAAGCACACAGUUUGUGGGGUCUUGAAAGGCGGAAAAGAGAUUCUGCUUUCAGCCGAGCACAUUGUCAUCGCUACUGGAGGGCGACCGAGGUAUCCUGCACAUAUCGAAGGUGCUGUGGAAUAUGGAAUUACGAGUGAUGACAUCUUCUGGCUGAAGGAAUCCCCUGGAAAAACGUUGGUGGUCGGGGCCAGCUACGUGGCCCUGGAGUGUGCUGGCUUCCUCACCGGGCUCGGCCUUGAUGCCACCAUCAUGAUACGCAGCAUCCCUCUCCGAGCCUUCGACCAGCAAAUGGCUUCCUUGGUCAUUGAGCACAUGGCGGUUCAUGGCACCCGGAUUCUGAAGGGCUGCAUGCCCUUGAGAGUGGAGAAGCUCCCAGACGGCCAGCUCCAGGUGACCUGGGUGGACCUGGCCUCAGACAGGAAGGACGUGGGCACCUUUGACACUGUCCUUUGGGCCACAGGUCGGGUCCCAGAAAUUGGAAGUCUGAACUUGGAGAAGGCUGGUGUUCACACCAACCCCCACACUCAGAAAAUCCUGGUUGACGCCCAGGAUGCCACCUCUGUCCCCCACAUCUACGCCAUAGGAGACGUGGCGGAGGGGCGGCCAGAGCUGACACCCACGGCAGUCAUGGCCGGGAGGCUCCUGGCCCAGCGGCUUUGUGGUCGGUCCUCAGACCUGAUGGAUUACGACAAUGUGCCCACGACGGUCUUCACGCCACUGGAGUAUGGCUGUGUGGGGCUCUCGGAGGAGGCGGCCGUGGCUCGCCAUGGAGAGGAGGGUGUGGAGGUUUAUCACGCAUAUUAUAAACCACUGGAGUUCACAGUGCCUGAACGAGAUGCGUCCCAGUGUUACAUAAAGAUGGUGUGCCUGCGGGAGCCCCCACAGCUGGUGCUGGGCCUGCACUUCCUCGGCCCCAACGCAGGCGAAGUUACUCAGGGAUUUGCUCUGGCACUCAAGUGUGGGGCCUCCUACGAGCAGGUGAUGCGGACGGUGGGCAUCCAUCCCACCUGUGCCGAGGAGGUGGCCAAGCUGCGCAUCUCCAAGCGCUCCGGCCUGGACCCCACCGUGACGGGCUGCUGAGGCUAAGCGGCCAUCCCUAGGCCCAGGGCGCACGGCAUACCUCUGCCCCCACAGACAGGCUCCGUGGAGGCUCAUAUCCAGGAUGCUGGAGACCAAGUGGGACGAGCCUCGCCCCUGCCCAGAAAACCUGAAUGCACUGCCAAGCGCCCUGCUGGGAUGGCCAGGCCAGCACCCCCGCACCUCCAGGCUCCAUGCCAGAAAUGAAGACCUGCGCAGAAACCCUCCGCGGGCUGCCCACGUCUGAGGACCCUGGCAUUUCCAGAGCACAAAUAAAGAGGGUGUUUUCCCCAAGCA